AUGGAGCUGUCCCCCCGCAGCCCUCCCGAGAUGCUAGAGUCGGACUGCCCUUCACCCCUGGAGCUGAAGUCAGCCCCCAGCAAGAAGAUGUGGAUUAAGCUCCGGUCUCUGCUGCGCUACAUGGUGAAGCAGUUGGAGAACGGGGAGGUAAACAUUGAGGAGCUGAAGAAAAACCUGGAGUACACAGCUUCUCUGCUGGAGGCCGUCUAUAUAGAUGAAACUCGGCAAAUCCUGGACACGGAGGAUGAGCUGCAGGAGCUGCGGUCUGACGCGGUGCCUUCGGAGGUGCGGGACUGGCUGGCCUCCACCUUCACCCAGCAGACCCGGGCCAAAGGCCGCCGAGCGGAAGAGAAGCCCAAGUUCCGGAGCAUCGUGCACGCAGUGCAGGCUGGCAUCUUCGUGGAGCGGAUGUUCCGGAGAACGUACACCUCUGUGGGCCCCACCUACUCCACUGCGGUCCUCAACUGUCUCAAGAACGUGGACCUUUGGUGCUUUGAUGUCUUUUCCUUGAACCGGGCAGCAGAUGACCACGCCCUGAGGACCAUCGUUUUUGAGCUGCUGACUCGGCACAACCUCAUCAGCCGCUUUAAGAUUCCCACUGUGUUUUUGAUGACUUUCCUGGAUGCCUUGGAGACAGGCUACGGGAAGUACAAGAACCCUUACCACAACCAGAUCCACGCAGCUGACGUCACCCAGACGGUCCACUGCUUCUUGCUCCGCACAGGGAUGGUGCACUGCCUGUCAGAGAUUGAGGUCCUGGCCAUCAUCUUUGCUGCAGCCAUCCAUGACUACGAGCACACUGGCACCACCAACAGCUUCCACAUCCAGACCAAGUCGGAGUGUGCCAUCCUGUACAACGACCGCUCAGUGCUGGAGAAUCACCACAUCAGCUCUGUUUUCCGAAUGAUGCAGGACGAUGAGAUGAACAUCUUCAUCAACCUCACCAAGGAUGAGUUUGUAGAGCUGCGGGCUCUGGUCAUCGAGAUGGUGUUGGCCACAGACAUGUCCUGCCAUUUCCAGCAAGUGAAGUCCAUGAAGACAGCCUUGCAGCAGCUGGAGAGGAUUGACAAGUCCAAGGCCCUCUCUCUGCUGCUUCAUGCUGCUGACAUCAGCCACCCCACCAAGCAGUGGUCGGUUCACAGCCGCUGGACCAAGGCCCUCAUGGAGGAAUUCUUCCGCCAGGGUGACAAGGAGGCUGAGCUGGGCCUGCCCUUUUCUCCGCUCUGUGACCGCACUUCCACCCUCGUGGCGCAGUCCCAGAUUGGCUUCAUUGACUUCAUUGUGGAGCCCACGUUCUCUGUGCUUACUGAUGUGGCUGAGAAGAGUGUCCAGCCCACUGGGGACGACGACUCCAAGUCUAAAAACCAGCCCAGCUUCCAGUGGCGCCAGCCUUCUCUGGAUGUAGAAGUGCGAGACCCCAACCCUGAUGUGGUCAGCUUCCGCUCCACCUGGACCAAAUACAUUCAGGAGAACAAGCAGAAAUGGAAGGAACGGGCGGCAAGCGGCAUCACCAACCAGAUGUCCAUUGAUGAGCUGUCCCCCUGUGAGGAAGAGGCCCCAGCCUCCCCUGCCGAAGAUGAGCACAACCAGAACGGGAAUCUGGACUAG